AUGAACAUCGUCAAGCUCCUGCUUCGACGAGGGGCCAUCGCUGAUCGCCCCGACAAGCACGGAAUCACGCCUGAAAUGGUUGCUCGACAGAACGGCUUCGUCGAGUGCGCCGACUUCCUUCACUCCUGGGUAUGCAACAAGGAUAAAGAUCUUCGGGAGAGGGACUUCCGCACAGGGAGAGACACGCAGAGCCCCGAACGCGCAGACACGCCCGACCCGUAUGGCGACGCUGCUUCAGGCAGCAGACGCCUCAAGCAUGCUCAAGGCGUCGUCAUCUGGCCUGUCUGA